GCGGAGCCGUAGUAGCCGAGACCGUCGCAUCCCCGAUCCCCUGUCUCGUCCCUCCUCUCGUUAAAGGGGCGCCGCCGCCCAGCACUGGCCAUGGACGAUAACCUGUUCCAGCUGAAGUUCACAGCAAAGCAGCUGGAGAAACUGGCCAAGAAGGCGGAGAAGGAGUCCAAGGCGGAGCAGGCCAAAGUGAAGAAGGCCCUGCAGCAGAAAAAUGUGGAGUGUGCACGCGUGUACGCCGAGAACGCUAUCCGCAAGAAGAACGAGGGGGUGAACUGCCUGCGCAUGGCCUCUCGAGUGGAUGCUGUGGCCUCCAAGGUCCAGACAGCCAUGACCAUGAAGGGGGUGACAAAGAAUAUGGCCCAGGUCACCAAGGCCCUGGACAAGGCGCUGAGUGCCAUGGACCUGCAGAAAGUUUCUGCAGUGAUGGACAAGUUUGAGCAGCAAGUUCAGAACCUGGAUGUGCACACAUCGGUGAUGGAGGACUCCAUGAGCUCGGCCACCACGCUGACCACGCCACAGGAGCAGGUGGACAGUCUUAUCAUGCAGAUCGCGGAGGAGAACGGCCUGGAGGUCCUUGACCAGCUCAGCCAGCUGCCCGCGGGCGCCUCUGCUGUAGGCGAGAGCUCUGUGCGCAGCCAGGAGGACCAGCUGUCACGCAGGUUGGCAGCCCUGAGGAAUUAAGGAGCCGCUGUGGAUGGCCUCCCAUCCUGGACAGCCUGGAGGGCAAACAAGGAGUCCCCCCGCCCGUGUCUUCCUUCUUUCUGUCCACAACCACCUCGGCUCCUCACACCGGCCUGGCCCCUCGGCUAGGGACUGUCCCUUAGUCUGGUGGUGGAUCUACUGGUGUGAAUUAGCACAAGCUUCUGGGGAGGUGGUGUCGUUAUCCCCCUGACCACAGGUGCAGGCAUGCUGCCACCGGUCAGCACUGUCCAGGCUGCCCUGUCCACCAGGAGGCCUGCCAGAGUGUCUCUCGGCGAUACCCCCAGUGCCACCCACCUUCCUGGUGGCCUUCACAGUCAGAGCCCUCCCCACACCAUUCCAGCAAGAGAGUCGGGAGUCAGGCAAGACCCCAGGCUGCCCCGCCCAUGGCCAGUGCCCCCUGGACAGCAGUUGGUGUGUACUGUACCUCCUCAGAAGGCCACCCCUUGGCGAGGGCCUCAGGGCUGCCCACACCCUGAGCAUGCUGGGUGUGCAUGCUGUGUGAGACCCUCGUCCCCCUGCCCCUGUUCCUGGGUGCCACGCCUGGUUACCCCAUGGGAUGGGGUCUCCCUUUCCCAUCUGUAUAAGUAAAAGGGUGGCCCUCCCAGUUCCUCCAACCCCUCGGCUCCCAUCUGUGUGUCUGUCCCCAGGAACCUUGGGGAAUGUGGCCUUGCCCACACCCAUACCCACAUCACACCCCUCCACAGCAACCCUGUCAGCAAAGGAGCCAGCAGGGGUUGCUGUGAGGGCUGGGGGCCCAGGCUCCUGUUUUUUCCGUUUUCUAUCAUUUCCGUUGUUUUUCUUGAAGCUUCCAGGGCUUUUUGUUUGUACUUUUGCCAAAAUAGAAGAGCAGGUGUCAGACAGACCCUGGGCCCCUGUUCACCCAUCUGAGCUGAGGCUAGAGCCUCCCAGGUGCCCCUGCUGGCUUGCUCUUUGCACAGCUCUGCAGACCCGCUGAUGGCGGGGUGCCCAGGCUAUACGGCUAUGGCAGUGGCCUGGAUGGUUCCCGGCACAUGGGGUGCAGAUGGGUGCCCCUGCCAGCUUCACCUGCAGAAUUCACCUAAAGGAGUGGGCUCACCUGCCCCUUCGACUUUUCUAUAACCCCUGCUAAAAUGCUACUGAAAGUGGACAGGCCCCUGGGGGCCACAAUGAUAGUGCUUAAGGGCUUCAGGCCAUGGGGGACCUUGACCCCCAACUGUGAGGCUAAGGAGGUGGCUUGGUGGCUGUGAGCUGGAGGGAGGGAUGCUGGGUUAACAGAAUCGGAAUCUGCUGUUUUGAGACUUAUUUCUCCUUUCGCUUGGAAGUGACAUUCAGCUGACAUAAAGGAUAUAACACGCA